AGCGGCCCUCGUUCGAUGCUACAUUGCUCAGGGUUUCUCGACGUACGGUCGUCUUGAAAUUUGUGUGAAUCAUAUACAUUUAUUAUCAUGUGUGACGAGGCUGACGUUCAGGCUUUGGUGGUGGACAAUGGUUCUGGAAUGUGCAAAGCGGGUUUCGCCGGCGACGACGCACCCCGAGCAGUGUUCCCUUCCAUCGUCGGCAGACCCAGGCAUCAGGGUGUGAUGGUUGGUAUGGGUCAGAAGGACAGCUAUGUGGGAGACGAGGCCCAGAGCAAGAGAGGUAUCCUUACCCUCAAGUACCCCAUUGAGCACGGCAUCGUCACCAACUGGGACGAUAUGGAGAAGAUCUGGCAUCACACUUUCUACAACGAGCUCCGUGUGGCCCCCGAGGAACACCCCGUUCUUCUCACUGAGGCCCCUCUCAACCCCAAGGCCAACAGGGAAAAGAUGACACAGAUCAUGUUUGAGACCUUCAACACACCCGCCAUGUACGUGGCCAUCCAGGCCGUACUGUCCCUCUACGCAUCCGGUCGUACGACCGGUAUUGUGAUGGACUCAGGUGACGGUGUAUCACAUACUGUGCCAAUCUAUGAGGGUUACGCCCUGCCCCACGCCAUUCUCCGUCUGGAUCUGGCCGGAAGAGAUCUUACCGAUUAUAUGAUGAAAAUUCUAACCGAGCGCGGCUACUCCUUCACCACAACCGCCGAACGGGAAAUCGUCAGGGACAUUAAAGAAAAGCUGUGCUUUGUAGCUCUGGAUUUCGAACAGGAAAUGGAAAUUGCUUCAACAUCGAGCUCGCUUGAGAAGAGCUACGAGCUUCCCGAUGGACAGGUCAUAACCAUUGGCAACGAGCGUUUCCGGUGCCCAGAGGCAAUGUUUCAGCCAUCCUUCUUGGGAAUGGAGUCUGCCGGUAUCCACGAGACCACAUACAACAGCAUUAUGAAGUGCGACGUCGACAUCCGUAAGGAUCUGUAUGCUAACGUGGUGUUGUCCGGUGGAUCCACAAUGUUCUCGGGUAUCGCCGACAGAAUGCAGAAAGAGAUCACUUCGUUGGCCCCGGCCACCAUGAAAAUCAAGAUCAUCGCACCACCCGAGCGGAAGUACUCCGUGUGGAUCGGCGGCUCCAUCCUCGCGUCCCUGUCCACCUUCCAGCAGAUGUGGAUCUCCAAGCAGGAGUAUGACGAGUCCGGCCCUUCCAUCGUCCACAGGAAAUGCUUCUAAUCUAGACCCAUCUUUAAGCAAUCUGCGUAUAUGCAAUUUCUUGAUCACAAUACCUUACCAUUUCAGACAGGGAAUGCAUAUCAUCAAGCUACGGUUACACUGAACUAUUAUAAUUUUGGAUGUCUCAAAACAAAAAAAAGAAAUCCGUGCAAUUCUCUAUUUCGUAAUAAUAAACAAAAGCAUGCACGUUUGUUAAGUUUAUAUAUCUUGUUGUGUAAUUAUUUACAUGUAUACGUAUUGUUAUAAUUAAAUAAAAAAAUACUAA